AUGAAAUUGGUUGUGGGAGGUGGAACACUUCAAUUUUGGAAAAAGGAAUUUUGUUCCACCAAAACGACAGAGUAUGACUUUCAACUUGCUGCUGCCGUCUCACGCGUAGUUCUCAUUCUUUGUUCUUCUUUCUAUUCUAAUUCAUUUGCUGCUGCACAUGUGGGUUGCUCUUUUGGGAGGCUUUCCAUUCUUCUUUUGGUGAUUACGUUUGGCCAUGGAGGCGUCACCCAUCCCCACGGACACGUUUGGCAGUUGAGGCCACUUCUUUCCAAAAAGAAGCUGCUAGUUCCAAUUGCUGCUGGAGUCAAAUUGAAAGAUCAUCUGCAGGUAUUAGGAGCAGCAUCUAUGGUUACAAGUACUGGGAAGCAUCCAGGUCAGCUGGAGAAUGAUGUAACAUCACCGGCUGGAACUACCAUUGCUGGCAUUCAUGAGCUGGAGAAGGGUGGAUUUCGUGGAAUAUUAACGAAUGCAGUCCUCGCCGCUGCCCGACGCAGCCGGGAGUUUUCACAGAGCCAGUGACAGUGAUGUUCUUAUAUCAGAUUAACUUUGGCCCUGCCUUUUAGUAGCUCAGCGGAGAAUGUUACAGAUUCUUAUAUAUUGUCCCUUGGUACAAUCUGCUGAAUUAGAGGUUGAUUGAAAUACUAUUUUCAAGAUUGGUCUACAGGUAGAAUAAGAUUAGCAAUUAAUAAUAAAAUGUUCUUCUUGAUUUUAUGUUUAUUAACAAAAAUCAGAU